UCAAUUGAUCCCCCUGCAAGCUUUGCUGCAUAUAAAUACCGGGCCAAGUUUCGUAUUCUGUCAGAGCACAGCGGGUCCUUCACUCAAAAGCAAAAUGGCAUUCAAGUUCGUAGUAGUCGCAGCCUUCCUGGCAGUAGCCAGUGCCGGUGGUCCAGCCGCUUAUGACAUCGCAGCGUCGUCUGGUGACCACAGCAGCAUCGGUUUCAGCCAGGAGUCCACCCAGAAAGGUUUUGCCGGUCAGAACGUGAUUUCUUCUUAUUCGAAGUCCGACGACUCCGCUCAUUCCUUCGUCCGCGUGAGCAGCCACAGCGUCAGCAACGAUGGUCUCUUCAACUAUGAAAUCAGCCAUGCCCCUAUCGUGAAGGCGGCCUACACUGCCCCAGCCUACCUCACGCCGACCGCCGCUCCCCUCAUUGCCAAGACAUACGCUGCCCCGUACAGCUACAGUGCCCCCUUGGUCACCAAGGCCUACGCCGCCCCAUACAGCUACGCAGCCUCAGCUCCUCUGAUCGCUAAGACUGCAGUCGCUGCACCAGCUCCUCUUCUGGCCAAGACCUAUGCCGCUCCAGUCGCUGCUGCUCCUCUGCUCGCUAAAUCCUACGCCACUUCUCUGUCCUACGCUGCCCCAGCUGCUCAUCUGUCCUACGCCGCACCAGCCGCUCAUCUGUCCUACGCAGCACCAACCGCUCAGCUGUCGUACGCUGCACCAGGUGCUCCUCUUCUCGCCAAAAGCUACGGAUACGCUGCCCAUGCUCCAGUCAUUGCCAAGAGCGCCCUGAUCGCGCCAGCCCACGGAUACACCGCCUCCAUCGCUUCAGCACCUCUUCUAGCUAAGACUUAUGCCGCCACUCCUCUCGCCCAUGCAUACGCUCCACAGGCUCAAUUGAUCUCCAAGGCCUACGGAUACGAAGCGGCUGCCCCCGUCGUACACACGGUAUUCAACGGUCUCGGUACCAGCUACGCCUGGUAAACCUUUGUGACCCUAUACGUUUCUUCUGAAGAGUUUGGAUCUUGGCUUUCUUCAGUCUUCUGAACAAGAUUUGGAAUAUUUGACGACUCUAAGAAGUACAUGUCCUUUCUUCAGUGAAGUUCAUUUGCAUUAUGAUUAUGAUGGUGAAUUUUAUUGAAGAGGAAGUAUCGAUGAUCAGGAUAAUUUAUCAGGAACGAAAGACUUAACAGAACCGGAUUCAGACUUGUAGAUAAAUAUUUUAACAACUCCGCGCUAUGAGGACAGUAGAAUUUGAUUAUAUAAAUAUAAAGAACUCAAGUAGAUGUAUAAAUGUUGCAUGUAAGUAGGUAUAGGUGAUAUUAAUUUUAUUUAUAUUAUUAUACACACCAGCUACCUUUAUGAAACACAUUUUCGAUUCCGAAGGAUUUUUCACACAUUCGAAUAAUUGAGAAAUAAAUUUUCAAUUUUCCAAUAA